AUGAUGCGUGUGGAGGUGAAGGCCGUGCUUGAGCAGGACCUGAUGAAGAUGAAGACGGCCCAGAUCCUCGCGUGGACAGGGUUGCCUGCACCUAGGGCACUUCUGCAUGUUGAGAGGUUGCGCUUCCUGGGCCAGCUGGUGCGAAGCGGUCCUGCCGCAGCUUGGGCUCUCAUCGGUUGGUACGGGCCUUAUGUUAGCGCCUUGGAGGACGCUGGUUGUUGGUUGCUCUCCGCCCUUCGGGGCACCUGCCCUCUUGGACCUCUGUCGGAGUCGUGGCCCGCGUGGCAGGAGCUGCUUCGAGAUCGCCCCGGCCACUGGAAGGGGCUGCUCAAGCGUGCCGAGGCUUGGCACGUGCAGGCACAAGGGCUUCAGGCGUCGCUGGACACCUUCGCUCGCACGGCAUGGUCGCCGGCUGUGGAUGUCCCACUUGGGGAUCUCAUGCGCACCGCAAGCAUGGGUAUCAUUGUCGCGCUCACCUUCUUGCGGUUGGGCGUCGGUGCCAAGCCUGUGGCCUCACCCUUGCAAACACUUCUCGGUUACGCAGGCACCUGGAUUCGUCGGCUGCUUGUCGACAGCUUCUCGCUACUCCUGGGGCUUCCCCACUCUUUCCGCCUGAUAACUCGGAGGGACACCCGCAGGAGCCCGCCGUUCGUGAUGCGACUCGUCCUGUUCAUGUCGCUGCCCAGCAUGAAUGUUCUUGCAGCGCUAGCCGCUCUUAAGCCAAGCACAGAUAUGGACGUGUACGAGACGGUCGUUCGCUUUAUCUCCCCCCUGCCAGUCCUGCGUGACACUUUGCGGGUUUGGUUGUCGGAGGUCUCUGAUUCAGCGAUUGCCGAGAUGGGGGAAAAUGUCCUUUUGGUCUUGCACCCGGAGCACAUUUGUUCGGCGGUGGCGGGCAAGCCUCAGGAGUCGAAUGACCAGCAUGUCUUCUUGCCCCUUCUGCGGACUCCACUUGCUGGACCGACUGACCACUCCCUACCUGUCGUUUGGGUUGGGCACAUCUGUCCACGUUGGGUUCAGACCUGGCAACUUGGCGCGCUGCCGCCUGUGCCUUGCGGACUUGAGGACGUGAUUGCCGGUGCAUUCCCGCAGGCCGCGGGUUUCUGUAUUGCCCUGCCCUCUUUGCCCUCACCAGUUUCGGCCUUCUUCCGUCCCGAUGCCAUGCCCCUUAAGUGUUUGCGGGCACUUUGCGCAUGGCUCGAUCGUGCGCUUAAAGCACUUCUGGUCGUCCUGCGCCAAGCCCAGUCGGGCGUUCCGGCUCUUGUGCGUUUCCCUAUCUCCGCUGAGUCUUUGCAACCCCUGUCUGGCUGGCUGCUCAGCCUUGCGGAGCUUGAUGCCGGUUCGCUUCGGCCUUCUUGUUUCACCGUCGAAUUCACUUCGUAG